CUCUCCUCUCUCUCUCUCUUUCUCUCUCUAGCAAUUUACUGAAUCUCGCUCGCGACGCGUGCUACUCGUGGCCAUGGCGCGGCCGCGUCUAUAUAGACUGCGGCUGCUGCGGGCGGGUGUGUCUGCGUUUGCCAGUAACGCCUCCCGUGGCGCCCGGCCCACCGACCUGCCCUGACCGUCCGUAUUCCCCCUCUCUUUCUCUCUCUUCCCCACUUCAAAUUCGCCCCAUCUCUCUCUCUCUCUCUCUCUUCUAUUUUUUGUUCUUGGGCUCUGCUGGAUUGCGGUUCGGGCUGUCUUCUGAUCGGCUGCGUUUUGUUGGGUUCGGCUCGGAUUUCGGGUUCCGGCGCGGCUCAGAGAUGCCUGCGAUUCGAGGGCCCGGCGCGUGCGUGUACGGGACCUCCGGGGCGCUCCGGUCGAGGCGGGCGAAGGACGGGGAGCUAGGGUUCGUCGGCUGCUGCUCGGGGCUGGGCGCCGCGCGCGGGCCGCAGCUGCGAUCGCGUGUCCUCCGUCUCGGCGGGAGGUCGGCUCGUUUGGCGCCGGUCGGAGCGAUGGAGCAGGGCAGGACCGCUUACGUCAAUAGCAAGGCCGACGGCUCCGAAGGUGAAAAUCUCCACCAGAUAUCUACUGUUGGAAACUCAACAAACAUCAAGUGGCAUGGUUGUUCGGUUGAUAAACUUGAGAGGCAGGAGUUGCUUCAGCAAAAAGGCUGUGUCAUAUGGAUCACGGGGCUCAGUGGUUCAGGGAAGAGCACACUAGCUUGUGCUUUAAGUCGGGGCUUGCAUUCAAGAGGAAAGCUGACCUAUAUCCUUGAUGGUGACAAUGUUCGUCAUGGUUUGAACAGUGAUCUGAGUUUUAGGGCAGAAGAUCGUGCGGAAAACAUUCGAAGGAUUGGCGAAGUAGCCAAGCUCUUUGCAGAUUCAGGGUUGAUUUGCAUUGCUAGUUUGAUAUCCCCAUAUAGAAAAGAUAGGUCAGCAUGCCGUGCCAUGUUGCCAGGAGGUGAUUUCAUCGAGGUCUUCAUGGAUGUGCCACUCCAAGUUUGUGAGGCAAGGGAUCCCAAGGGUUUGUACAAGCUGGCACGAGCUGGAAAAAUUAAAGGUUUUACAGGAAUUGAUGAUCCAUACGAGCCUCCACUUGAUUGUGAGAUAGUGUUGCAGCAGGAAGGAUCCAAAUGUGCUUCCCCCUGUGAGAUGGCUGAGGAAGUCAUCUGCUUCCUGGAGGAGAAAGGGUACCUCAGGGCCUAACGCGGUGAAGUGGCCCUCGGUUUCUCUCGUCUGAAGCCUUCUGCUCCUAUAACCAUUUGUGCUGUGGCCUGAAACUGGCGACCAAGCCUCUCACAUUAAGGAAACUCCUCGUUUCCAGUGGGGAUUCGUUCCGUUGGUAGAUAUUGUGUUGAUUAAUUUAUUAAGUUGUUCAUUGUUGCGUAGCUUAUAAAGUUUAGGCUGCAAUAAAUAAAAAUGGAACGUUUGAUCUGGGGCUGGUUGCAUUUUAUAGGAAUGUAUUAAUACUAAAAAAUAAUUGUCUUUAUUGCUUCUUUCUAUAUGUUAUUUAAUUUAAUUGUGGAAGAAUGCUUUGUCAUGUUUACUAGUA